UCCGUCACAUCGAGCAGGUCUUACCUUUGAAUCACCCUUUAUUCCGUGAACUGACCGACGAAUUCUUCGUUUCGAGCAGAUCGUCCAAGUAAACGACCUCUCUGCUUGGUUGGAACACUUUUGUAUCCACCUGAGAAAGAAUGAUCGUUCGUUCGAUCCUAUUGUUGGCGGUGACGAUCACGUUCGUAUUUGCCGAUGACAGUUCGUCGUCAGGGAAUACUGUUCCCGAUAAACGCGGACCUAUGGGGUUCCAAGGAAUGCGCGGGAAAAAGGACUUUGCGUCCUCGGAGCACGGUCAACCGUCUAAACGGGCACCAAUGGGCUUUCAAGGUAUGCGAGGAAAGAAAGAUUCGAUAACGGGUGAUAUCGAAAACGAACUUAUUCCGGAGGAGACCAACAAACGAGCACCGAUGGGAUUUCAAGGUAUGAGGGGUAAAAAGGACAAGCUGAUACCAGAUUUCGAGGAUGGCUAUUUUACGGACGACCUGUACGAGAAGAGAGUACCAGCACCGACUGGUUUACAAAGCAUCAGAGGGAAAAAGACUUGGCUAACGGAUGAAUAUUAUAAACGCGCCCCGAUGGGAUUUCAGGGGAUGAGAGGCAAAAAGUCUUUGCAAGAGAUUUUGAACGAUAUCGAAAGGAGAGCUGCGUUUACGGGAUUCCAGGGCGGAAAUAACAAGGAAACGUACUUGCUCGACUAUCCGGAAGAUUAUGAAAAGAGGUUACUGGCGAUUAAAUACCAAGAUAUGCGCGAUAAAAAGGACGAAAUCCUAGAAGAAUGGGAGAAGAGGGCUCCGAUGGGGUUUCAAGGAAUGAGAGGCAAGAAAACGAUGCUCGACGCAAUAGAGGAACUUGAGAAAAGAGCUAUUGUGGGCUUCCACGGGAUGCGAGGUAAAAAAGAUAUAUUUGACAACUACGUAGACUACUCGAUCAAUCCGUCCGAUUAUGAGAAAAGAGGCACGGAUUUUCAAGAUACGGAACCUAGCGAAUCGUUCAAAAGGGCUCGAAUGGGUUUCCACGGGAUGAGAGGUAAAAGGGACGCGGCGCAGAUUUACGGGCCUAGUUCGAGAACAACGAUCGACUAUCAAGGGCCGACGAAUGAUCGAGGAAACGAACUGGCCGCAUACGAAAUCGAGAAACGAUCGCCCUUCAGAUAUUUCGGAGUUCGAGGUAAAAAGAAUCCGCGAUGGGAGUUCCGUGGAAAGUUCGUGGGCGUCAGAGGCAAAAAGUCAUUACCUCUGCAACCUCGAGCAGCAGCUUUUUAACGCGGUUAAUUAACACCGAAAGGAUGCGUAUGAAUGGAAACUCCUCGACGUGAUUAGAUAUCCAGCGGUGGUGUUGCUGCUCUGGUUGGUAACGACAACAACAACCAGCACCAUCGAUAUCAACAAUAGCAGCAACAACCAAUUGUGCAAUGCUAGUCUUCUCGUUUAAACCGAUCCACUUAACGAAUAGAGAAAUGCGAAAACAGGGUGCGCGUCGAUUUUAUCGCCAGACUAUCGACUAUCGUCGUUACAUUUAGAGCGUUCGUUGCGAAACAAUAUUUUCCAUUUACGCUCUACAAUUUCAUUCUCAUUCCGCGGUCAAUGGGCUCGAUAAAUAUCAUUUGUUUUAUUUUUAUUCCGAUAUCGGCUUUGCCUACUAUGAAAAUUUACUCUUUCCGCUCGAAACUUUCAUCGAUGAAUAGGGGAAACGCGACGUACUCGAAUAUCGGUUUUCCUAAAGACGAUAUACAUACGUAUGUACAACUCGAAGCAGAUGAAUGAUGUAAGAAUAAAUGGAUAAAUUAAAAUCGUGAUAGGUAGGAAUUAUAUUUUUCUCGGAAUGUUGAGGCGCGGAUAUGUACAUGUAUAUAAUAAGCGUUCUCGAUGAAACGACGAGUCGUAUUACUUGACUACCGUCGUACUUUGGUCGCAAGAACGUGUCGUACACGAUUUCCAAGAAGAUUUUUAAUUCGACGACGAAUCUCGCCCAAGUUUUAAGAAAAUUCUAUCAACACGAGUAAAUACCGACGCGCUUUUGUCUAUUAGUUGGCUGGCUUACCAUUCUCUUAUUGAAAAAACUAUUUACAGAAUCUAAUACGAACAAUGUUCAUUGUGCGAAUAUAUGUACAUUUAUAAAUAUAGAUGAAAAGAUCGACAACGCGUAAGAGCGUGUAUUUAGUUCUUAUGGAACAGGGAUAGUGUUGCUGCAAUCACUGUACAGUCUAUGUGUCCAAAGCUUAGUUUCAUAGUAUCGGUUAUCCUUUAUUCUUGAGUCGCAAGAAUCGUUAGAAAGCUUAAAUCUGUAUAACCAUUGCCUUUUCGUACAGUCUCGGACGGCAAUGUAUGUAUGUUCGUACAAGGUUUGUAUGUGAAAAAAAACAUGUUGCUGAUGAACCUCGGAAGAGCAUAAAUUUUCCACGAGUCACUCAAUGUCCUUGUUAAGCAUUAAGCACCUGAU